AUACCUAAGAUAUUUAUACUAUUACUUCUUAUGAGUGGUGUAUGUAAUAGUGGGUAGUUGGUGGACUAUGUGCAGGCCAAUAUCAGAGGCCAUAGUUAAAAAAAAUACUCUCUAAUGUAUAGAGCAGAGAUAGUAGUCCCCAUUAAGAGAUAUAUUUUAUAUAUAAAGUUAUUCAACAAUGCUGAUAGAUGAUGAGUCACUUUAUCUAUAUAAUAUAACUCUAAGGAACCCACUGUCGUAUUCAGGAUCUGUUUUGGGGCAAUUCUUGGGCGAUAAGAAAUCUCAAGAAAUUGUAGUAAUAUCAUCAAGUAUAAUUCAAUUAUUAAAACCUAAUAGUAAUACAGGAAAGAUUGAAAUAUUAAGUCAACAAAAUGCAUUAAGUGGAAUCAGUAAAAUCGAUAAAUUACGAAUAGUUGGAACUCAAAAGGAUUUACUUGUAGUAACUAGUGAUUCCGGUAAUUUAGUAAUAUUAGAAUAUAAAGAAGAUUAUCAAUUUAUUCCCAUUAUUCAAAUACCGGUAACUAAAAGUGGAUUUUCAAGAAUAAAUCCAGGAGAAUAUUUAUUGGUAGAUCCUCAAAGUAGAUGUAUAUUAAUUGGAGCCAUUGAAAAGAAUAAAUUAAUUUAUAGACUUGAAACUGAUGAGAAUGGGAAAAUUAUAUUAUCAAAUCCUUUAGAAGCAAGUACUAAACAAUUAUUAACAAUUACUAUGGUAGCUCUUGAUACAGAAUAUGAAAACCCGUUAUUUGCAGCUAUAGAAUGUGAUUAUGGAACUGUUAAUAAUUCAUCACUUGAAUUAAAUUAUUAUGAAUUAGAUCAAGGAUUAAAUCAUAUAGUUAAGAGAAAAUCAAAGAUUCAAAUUCCAUCAUCGACAUGUCAUUUAAUUCCUCUUCCAAAUCAUAUAGGAGGACUUUUAAUUUGUUGUGAAAACUAUAUGAUAUAUACCAAUCCCAAUAAAAAUGCCAGUCCAUUAUAUUUACCAAUUCCUAUAAGAUCUAAUUCAAUUGAAAACUGUUCACUAAUAGUAAAUCAUGUAUUACAUAAAUUAAAAAAGAAUAACUUUUUCAUUCUCCUACAAAAUACUUUGGGUGAUUUAUUUAAAUUAUCAGUGGAUUAUAAUCCUGAUAAAGAAAUUAUUGAGUCUAUAAAUAUUACUUAUUUUGAUACAAUUCCACCUUCAUUAUCAUUAAAUAUUCUUAAGAGUGGAUUCUUAUUUGCUAAUGUUAUAAAUAAUGAUAAGUUAUUCUAUCAAUUUGAAAAAUUAGGUGAAGAUUCUCUGGAUUUAACCCUUUAUUCAACUGAUUAUAAAGAUGAACAAUCAGUAUUAAAAGUUGAAAAAUCUACAAUUAUAUUUAAAUUAAGAGGUUUAGAUAAUUUAGCAUUAGUUGAUAUAUUGGAUACUUUAAGUCCACUUAUUGAUAGUUCAUUAGUGGAAGUAAAAUCCGAUAAAUCUCCUGAUCCAAUUAAACAAUUAAUUACUUUAUCAUCUCAUUCAUAUUUGAAAACUCUUAUUCAUGGAAUACCUAUAUCUGUAUUAGUUACAUCUCCAUUACCAGUAAUACCAACUGAUGUAUUCACAGCAAAAUUGUUUUAUGAUUCACCAAAUGAUGAAUAUUUAGUAAUCACUUCUACUUUAUCAUGUAAAACAUUAAUCCUUUCUAUUGGAGAAGUGGUUGAAGAAGUUGAAGAAUCAGGAUUUAUUACUGAUCAAGUUACUAUAGGAGUUCAUCAAGUUGGAUUAUCUUCAUUAAUUCAAGUUUAUUCAAAUGGUAUUAAACAUAUAAAACAUAUAAAGAAAUUUAAUGAUGAUGGAGAAGAAAUCAUUACUAAAAAGUUAACUGAUUGGUUCCCACCAGCAGGAAUAACAAUACUUAAAUCAAGUAUAAAUAAUUAUCAAGUAGUAAUUGGACUUUCAAAUUCUCAAAUUCAUUAUUUUGAAAUUGAUUCAUCGGAUGAUCAAUUAAUUGAAUAUCAAGAUACUUUAGAAACUUCAAGUCCAAUUACUUGUUUAGCUAUAAGUAAAAGUUCCAAUUCAAAAAAGAGUUCCUUUGCUAUCAUUGGAUGUUCUGAUGAAACCAUUCAAGUAAUAUCAUUAUUAUCUCAUAAUUGUCUUGAAAUUCUUUCAUUACAAGCUUUAUCAUCUAAUAGUUCAUCAUUAUUAUUAAUUGAAUCAGAAGUUCAUAUUGGAAUGGAAAAUGGUUUAUAUGUAAGAACAUUAAUUGAUGAAAUAAGUGGUACAUUAUCUAAUACUCGUACUAAAUAUUUAGGUUCUAAACCAGUUAUAUUAUCAACUAUAGUAUUACCUAAUAUUACUCAAUCAGUAGCAGUAUUGGCAAUUUCUUCUAAACCAUGGAUUUGUUAUAAUUAUAAGGGAUCUUAUAAAGUAACUCCAUUACUUGGAUCUAUAAUAACUCGAGGUACAUCAUUUAUAUCAGAAGAUAUUGGUGGAGAAGGAGUAGUAGCAAUUGGGGGGAAUGAUUUAAUUAUAUUUACUAUUGGAAAGGAAGAUACAGUAUUUGAUCUUAAUCAAGAUUUUAAUUUAAGCAAAUUGAAAUUAAGAUAUCUUCCUAGAAAACUAGUAGCUGAUAAUUCUAAAUCUAAAUCUAAUAUAGUUUAUAUUGCUGAAUCAGAAUAUGGAAUAAAGAGUCCUUAUCCUUCAUUUGAAAAUGAUGACAUCAAUGUCAAUGAAGAAAUUGAUGAAGAUUAUUAUGAAGCCUUUGGAUAUGAACCACUGGUGGGUGGUUGGGCAUCUUGUGUUCAAGUGGUUAAGUUAUCUAAUGAUCAGGAUCAUGAACAGGAGAUGUUACAAUCGAUUGAAUUCUCUAAUACAGAAGCAAUUCUAUCAAUAACUCAAGUUAAAUUUGAUACUAAUACUAAUUCUAAUAAUUCAGAAUAUAUUAUUGUGGGUACUUGUACUAAUCAAAAGUAUUUACCGUUAUCAUAUGAUACGAAUCACUUGUACACUUUUAAAAUCGAUAGAAAAUCGAACAAAUUACAAUUUAUUCAUAAAACUGAAGUGGAUUAUCAACCCACAGUAAUGAUCCCCUUUGGUAAUAAAUUAUUAGUAGCCAUGGGUAAGUUUCUUAGAUUAUAUGAUUUAGGUCAAAAACAACUAUUAAGAAAAUCUUCAACUAAUAUUGAUUAUCUAACAAAUAUAAUUAAAUUAAUUCAUCAAGGUGGAAAUAGAAUUGUUAUUGGAGAUGGGAAUAAUUCUAUAGUAUUUGCUAAAUUUGAUAUUGAUGAAAAUAAAUUUAUUCCAUUUGCUGAUGAUACAAGGAAAAGACAAAUUAUUUCAUUAACUACAUUAGAUUAUGAUACAGUUAUUGCUGGUGAUAAAUUUGGUAAUAUAUUUGUGUUGAGAAUAAAUGAAUCAAUUUCUAAACAAUCUGAUGAAGAUUGGAAUCUUUUAAAGUAUAAAGAUGAUUAUUUGAAUGGUUCAGGGUCAAGAUUAAAGUGCAUUUCCGAAAUAUAUAUUGCUGAUACAAUUACUUGCCUUAUUAGAGGUACCAUUAGUGGAGGAGGAGGAGGUAGUGGUGGUGGUCAAGAUAGUAUUAUUUAUACAGGAUUACAAGGCUCUAUUGGAGUAUUAAUGCCAUUAGCUACUAAACAAGAAGUUGUAUUCUUACAAAAAUUAGAAAUAAUAUUACGGAAAUAUUAUGAUAGUAACGGAUAUAAUUUAUUAGGUAGAGAACAUUUAAAAUUCCGGAGUUAUUACAAUCCCGUUAAGAAUGUCAUUGAUGGAGAUUUAAUUGAGAAGUAUCAUGAAUUAAGUGCAGGAAUUCAAAUCCAGAUUAGUCGUGAAUUAGAUAGAAGUCCUAAGGAUAUUGAGAAGAAAAUAGCUGAAUUGAGGAGUAGAACAGCCUUUUAGUAUGGGUAUAUAUGUAUGUAUAUGUAUGUAUAUAUAUGUAUUAUAAUAGAGUAAAUGAAGUUACAUUACAGUAGAUAAUGAUGACAAUGAUAUAUUAGAUAAUGGGAUAUAAUAUAUAGAAAGUAUAUGAGAUUUUGGAUCAAGUAAGAAUUUGAAUAUAUAAUUUAAAUAAAUAGCAAUACUAAUAGUGA